UCAGCUUCCGACCUUCGCCGGAUUCUCAAACUCUCUCGAAUUCAAUCCCUCGAAAAAUUCACCGCCGUCCCCCACCGCCACCCCCCGCCGCCUGCCCCUUCAGAAUUAUACUUAUCUCUCUUUCGCCGUAAAAAACCACCGAUCUUCAUUUCUGCGAGGGGAGCUGUGAUUUCGUUUUCGCCGUAUUGUCGGCGAAGAUGAGUUAUUAAGUAAGGUGCUUGUGUGGAUACAAAGAUUUGAUGGUCAGCAGUUUUUGCAUAAAAUUGGGUGCAAUUAAGUGAGGGGGUCUUCAGUAAAGAGAGGACCCUUGAUUCAGUGGAACCGAAGCUGUUGUUUUUGACGUUUUCUUAUAGUUUAGCUGGUUCGUUAUCCAGACAAUGCCAGCCGUACAGAAGCUUUAUAAUGCGUGUAAAGCAUCACUUACGCCUAACGGACCCAUUUCGGAAGAGGGUUUAGAAAAGGUUCGCAACCUAUUAGAGAAAAUCAAGCCUUCUGAUGUAGGUCUCGAGCAAGAGGCCCAACUAUUACGGAAUUGGCCAGGUACCUUGACAGAGCGCAAUGGAGGAAAUCAGUCUCUCCCUCCAAUUAAAUACCUGCAUGUGCACGAGUGUGAUGGCUUCUCUAUGGGAAUAUUCUGUAUGCCACCUUCUUCAGUCAUCCCUCUUCAUAACCAUCCUGGGAUGACAGUGCUGAGUAAGCUUCUGUACGGUUCAUUACAUGUAAAAUCCUAUGAUUGGAUCAACAUUCCUGGGCCUUCUGAUCCAUCUCAAGGAGCAAGGCCUGCGAGGGUUGUGAAAGAUUGUGAUAUGAUAGCUCCAUGUGAUACAACAGUGCUUUAUCCAACUAGUGGUGGUAACAUCCAUUGUUUCAAGGCCAUCACUCCAUGCGCCAUCUUUGACAUCCUUUCUCCGCCCUACUCAUCCGAAGAUGGACGCCAUUGCACUUAUUUUAGAAUGUCCCCCGCCGCAGAUCUACCUGGUUCCAUCGAGGUGGAUGGAGAAACAAUAUCCGAAAUCACUUGGUUAGAAGAGUCUCAGCCUCCGGAUGACUUUGUCAUAAGGAGAGGACAGUACAAAGGCCGCGUGCUCAAAACUUGAAGAAAUUUUUUGUUGUCAUAUAUUCAAAUUCUAUAAGCUCUCAAGAGCCAAGAUUGUCUUAAUUUGCCUCAAUUUUAGUAUUGCUUUAGCAGAAAUUAGACUUUUGAGGUGUACAUAGUUGAGGUAUUAUAUAUUAUUAUUUGAUUGACCCUACA